UGCAGUGGAAACUUGGAGCCGCGGUGUGUGGCAGGCGGAUGCAGGAGCAGAGAGCAGCUGGAGAGAGGAACACUCAAAGGACGUGGUGGGGCACUGCUGGGACAAUGCAGCUCCUGGCUUGGCUAAUAGUAGCCAUUUGCCUUCUCCCUGGGGUGACUACAACCCAGCACCAUCCAGGGCAGCCCAUGGACAGCGCCAGCCUGGGAGGUGGCCUGCAGGAACCAGAGGCCCCGGAAGUGAUGUUUGAGCUGCUCUGGGCUGGGUUGGAGCUGGAUGUCAUGGGGCAGCUGCACAUCCAAGAUGAGGAACUGGCAUCCACACACCCAGGCCGCCGACUCAGGCUUCUCCUGCAGCACCACGUGCCCAGUGACUUGGAGGGUGCUAAGCAGCGGCUGCGGCAGUUCCAGGACCUGCGUAAAGGGCCUCCUCUUAGCCCUUGGGACUUUGAACAUCUGCUCCUCACAGGCCUGUCCUGUGUCUACCGGCUCCACAAGGCUAGUGAGGCUGAGGAGAGGGGUCACUGGGCCCAGGUCUUUGCCCUGCUGGCACAGGAAACACUCUGGGACCUGUGCAAGGGCUUCUGCCCCCAGGGGCAGCCCCCUUCUCUGGGGCCCUGGGCCUUGAUCCUUGACCCCUUUCCCUGACCCUCCCCCUUCACCUGCCAGCCCACGACUGCCCCCCAACUCGUGGCCCAAGACAGACCCAUCCUGGGCAGCGGCUUCCAUCUGGCACCUGCUUCUUCCCGCUAUGUACAGGUCUCUGGGCUUGGACUGGACCCUGGACCCAGCUUACCUGUCCUGUCCUCCAUUUUCUUUCCUGAGCCCUGGUAGACUAAGAGCCUGGGUCUCAGGCAGCAGACACAGAGCUAAAGGCAGGACUUGCAGGUGUGGCAAUGUGUGAGUGUGUGUUGGGGUCACGGUUGAGGAGUGUGUUCAAGAGAUGCUGAAAAGAAAUUGGCCCCCAAGGAAGGCCAAGUCAGAGAGAGGCUCCAACUCCUACCCUGGCAGUCUGUGACAAGUCCUACGGGAUCUAUGGGAACCUUGUGAAUGGUCAGCACCCAGUUCUAAUUUGGGACUCCGGUGCAACUGAUGCUCCGGAGUCCCUGUGUCCAUCUGGACAAGAACAGACUGGACAUUUUUAGUUUGGUAUGCUCCAGGAGUGGAGGAAUGCUGGUGGAAGAACAUUACCUUUUCUUGGUGGAGGUGGGAGGGGGACAGGUUUUUGGUCCCUCUCAACCAGGCUCAGAUGAACACCUCAGAGAGAGAAGUGAGGCUGCGAGGGGCCUGGCUGAGAGAGACAAGCGGAGGCUGGCUGGUGUGUGGUCCUGCUCCUGUGUAGCUGUCCCAUAAAGUGUUCUGUUCUGGC